CGCGUGACGUCACCGCGCCCGGCCGCGUGACGUCACGGCCGCAGUCAUGGCUUCCCGCAGGGCGCUGCACUUCGUGUUCAAAGUGGGCGACCGGGCCCGCACCGCGCGGUUCUACCGGGAGCUGCUGGGCAUGAGGGUGCUGAGGCACGAGGAGUUCGAGGAGGGCUGCAAGGCCAGCUGCAACGGCCCUUAUGAUGGAAAAUGGAGCAAGACCAUGGUGGGCUACGGACCAGAGGACAACCACUUUGUUGCAGAGCUGACUUACAAUUAUGGCAUUGGAGAAUAUCGCCUGGGCAAUGACUUCCUGGGCAUCACUCUGGUGUCCAGCCAGGCUGUGAGCAAUGCCAGGAAGAUGGGGUGGCCCCUCAAAGAAGUCACCUCUGGUGUCUUUGAAGCUGAAGCCCCAGGAGGGUACAAGUUCUACCUGGAAGACAAGGAACAGCUCAAGCAAGAUCCUGUGUGGAAGGUGACCCUGGGUGUCUCAGACCUGCAGAAGUCUGUGAGCUACUGGUCUGGUUUGCUUGGGAUGAAAGUAUAUGAGAAGGAUGAGGAGAAACAAAGGGCUUUGCUGGGCUACGCUGAUAACCAGUGCAAGCUGGAGCUGAAGGCUGGUGGAGGGGCCGUGGAUCACGGGACGGCGUUCGGGCGCAUCGCCUUCUCCUGCGCCAAGGACGAGCUGCCAAGCAUCGAAGCCCUGAUGAAAAAGGAGAAUCAGAAAAUUCUGACGCCUCUGGUGAGCUUGGACACGCCUGGCAAAGCCACGGUGCAAGUGGUUAUUCUGGCUGAUCCUGAUGGCCAUGAAAUCUGUUUUGUGGGAGAUGAAGCGUUCAGAGAGCUGUCCAAGGUGGACCCUAAUGGCAACAAGCUGUUGGAUGAUGCCAUGGCUGCAGACAACAGUGACAAGUGGUUUGCUGAACACAACAUGAAGAAGGUUUCAGCUUAGCUGGAGCAAUGGACUGGGCUGCUCCUCUGUGCCUUGGAGUUCUUCCAGGAAAAUGCCAAUUGCACUGCCCUCCCAAUCAGAGGGUGCUGGAGUGUCCCGUGGUGGUUUUUUGGUUUGAUUUAAGCUGAUGUCUCUGGUUGCUGCUCUCUCCCUUCCAGCAAAUCACAUCUUCUCCUUCCAAACAACAGGGCUGUGCAGCAAGGAACAGGCUGAGCCCUUGGCUUCAUAACAGGUGUUAUCAGUCAAGAAAACCUCACAUUUCUGUUGCUGUUGUACUUGAAAGAAAGGUUAAUAGAGGUGGUGUUUUCUAAUUCA